CGCUACAGGACAGAUUAGAUGAACUAUGAUCUUCAACAUGCAGGAACCUAUUAUGAGCUCGAGCUCCGUAGUCUAUGACAGCGACACGGCUAGCGAAGAACGACCUUCAUCGCAACCCGCAAGAACCAAGAUACAUGCCAAUUUCAAAGUGGCCCGCCCGCCCCCAAAAUCAUCACUCCGUCUCGCCCCAAAGUUGCUCCUGCAAAUCCAACAAGUCGCUGUCAAUCAUCGCCCAGUUCCAGUCUUGGAAAUAUGGCAACCACCUUUCCGCAAAUCAAAGCUCACGCGGGACUUUCCCCAACGGCCUAAAUUAAGAUCUGGCGAUAUCUAUGCGACCAGCAAUGAACCUUAUACCAUGCAUGCCAGUUCAAUCCGGGCAGACUCGACAAACUCCUCUGAGAUAGAGGAAGAUUGCUGUACUCCGCACAGAGACAUCAUUGCGGCCUUGUGUCAAUCAUCGAACGGUGAGACGCCGGCAUCGUCUAUUUACUUUCGCAACGCGCGGUCCAGCUGGCAGGGCAGUGUGGGUGUUGCAGGCCCAGAGAAGACGCCGUGUUACCGAUUUACGAUCAAGAAUGAUGAAAAUAAGGAUUCUGUAGAUCCCGGAAGGAUGAUUUUGCAGUGGGAAAAGCGGAGUUCAACAGGCAAAGAUAACGGACCUGGUUCGGACUACUUUGUCUUGUUCUUGAUUGAUCGGACGGCAAGGAGAAAAAGUCGCCUUGCUACCAUGACAAUGGGCGGGUUGGAGAUUCUUGUGCGGAAGAGCUCUGUCAUGGAGCACCUGCAAAUUUGCAUGGAUUUAACGGAUCCUCUACCGACUACCAACGGUGCUAGUGCCCAUGAGGCAUUGGGAGCAUGGGUAUAUACGCAGCUCCUCACAUUGGGCGUGUGGGUUGCUCAACAAGAAAGAUGGCAUGAACUCGCUUCAUGA